CCCAGUUCCCUCCUGGGUGUCUCUGUGACUCUCCUUUUGCAGGGACCACUUGUGUCCCUUGUUCAGUGCAGGGCCUGGGAGCCAGGAGGCCUGGAUUCUGUUUCUGCUUUAGCCACUGACUCACUGGGUGACCUUGCACAAGUCAUUCCCUGCCUCUGUGCCCCAGGUUGAAGACGCCCAUGAAGCACUCUGAGGGUGCAAAUUGUAAUUCACGUUAUAGAGUUACGCCUGUGAACUUCAGUAGGGUUGUGGAUCAGGGCACCUAGAGCUUCCAAUGAGCAUCUUUUCGUAUAUAAAUUGAAAUAACUCAGCUGGGAAAUUCCCCAAGCAACUUCCACUCUCCUGGCCUGCGCAGAAAAGCAGCUGCUGGUCAGACUGUUAAGUGUGAAGUGCUGUGCCAAUGUUGCUUUAAAUUAUUGUAUCUCUUGAAUAUCUUUUCUUUUCAGUACAGUGUUAAGGUUGCAAUUUAAAUAACCUUGUUUUGUUUUUCACAUUUAUCAUUUUGCUUCUAGAGGUGAUAAGGGAAGUUAUUUGACCAGGGUCACACAAUGAGCUAGUAUGUGAGCUGUGAAUAGAACCCAGGAGUCCUGAGCCAUCAGAGCAGGAGACAAUACUUCCUCCUGAGUGGGAUGUGUCAGGUGGCUUGGUCUGAGCUACUUGAGCAUUUCCUGGUGCUCUUAGCUGGUGUCUGCAGAACUUGGUCAUGUCGCAUGGUGCAAAACAGCUGGCCGCUGGGAUCUUACAUGCCACCGGCAAAGGCCAGCAUGGAAACUUCCUGGUCACCAUCAAGCAGGAGAAGGGAGAAGUUCCCCGGACCAGCAGCGAGAAGCCCCACGGCGAGGAGGAGCCAGUGAAGAAGAGGGGCUGGCCCAAAGGGAAGAAGAGGAAGAAGAUCCUGCCCAAUGGCCCCAAGGCCCCAGUGACCGGCUACGUCCGCUUCCUGAAUGAACGCCGCGAGCAGAUCCGCAUGCAGCAUCCCGACCUGCCCUUCCCAGAGAUCACCAAGAUGCUGGGAGCUGAAUGGAGCAAACUUCAGCCCACGGACAAACAGCGGUACCUAGACGAGGCGGAGCGCGAGAAGCAGCAGUACAUGAAGGAGCUGCGGGAGUACCAGCAGUCAGAGGCCUACAAGAUGUGCACAGAGAAGAUCCAGGAGAAGAAGAUCAAGAAAGAGGAUGCUGGUUCUGUGUCCGUGAACACUCUGCUGAACGGGCACCCGCACAAGGGCGAGGACUGCGGUGGGGACGGCUUCUCCACGUUUGAUGUUCCCAUCUUCACCGAGGAGUUCCUGGACCAGAACAAAGCGCGGGAGGCCGAGCUGCGGCGCCUGCGGAAGAUGAACAUGGAAUUCGAGGAGCAGAACUCCAUCCUGCAGAAGCACACGGAGAGCAUGAGCUGUGCCAAGGAGAAGCUGGAGCAGGAGCUGGCACUGGAGGAGAGGCAGACGCUGGCCUUGCAGCAGCAGCUGCAGUCCGUCCGUCAGGCCCUAACCACCAGCUUCGCUUCCCUCCCCAUCCCAGGCACCGGAGAGACCCCCACGCUGGGCACCCUGGAUUUCUACAUGGCCAAACUGCACAGCGCCAUCGAGAGCAACCCGCUCCAGCAUGAGAAGUUGGUCGUGCGCAUCAAAGAGAUCCUCUCCCGGAUAGCCAGUGACCACUUAUGAAAGGCCUGGUGUGUCCUGCGGCCCAGCGCUGACUUGGACUGGGACCCUCAGCCACCUCCUCCCACCCGCCCUGACACCUGGAAUCCGCUGGAGCCUUGUGGCUCAGCACCUCUGCCUUGCACAGAUCUUUGCUGGAGAAGGGCUUUGAGCGGGUUGAGUAACUCUUGGUCCUUCCGUGCAGCUGAGAACUCUGGGCCAGGCCCCCGUGGGGCCUUGAGGGGCAGGCUGACAAGCAGGGACAGCAAGGCAGCUUGUGGGGUCACUUCUCAGCUCCUCCUGUGCCCCGGCUCGCUGAGUGCCAGGGCUGGGGCUCAGUGCAGUGCCCCGGCAGCAUGACUGGAUGCGCUGCAGGCCCCAUUGCAAGCUGGCCCUUGAUUCUCCAGCGAGGCCCCAAGAUUGUGCAGCAAUGCUGGAAAUCCUGCAGCAGCUGCGUUAAAUUAAACCACAGUCUUAAAGCUGCUCCUGGCAGCUCACUGUGACAGUAAAUCAGGGUGUCUCGGGCUGGCCCCACCCUCCAGCUGUCAAGGUGACGGAGAAGUCUGUCUUGCCAAGGCAGGGCAGAAGCGCUUAUCACUGGGAGGGUGCUGGUGUAGACCAGGCACUGCUGUCCAUACCCUUGUGUCACCUGGACCUGCGCUGAGCAGAAGAGGACACAGCAAUGAUAAGGCCAUGUCCUGCUCAUGUUAGCGCAGCCUCCCCUAGAGCUGAAUCAGUGGUUAGGCAAAAAUUGAUGGGUUCCCUCUUCCCCCUACACAAAAAAUGUCUGUAAACCCAGCCUGAGCUCUCAGCAGUGAAAUGGUUCAGUGUUGGCAUUUAAACUACCAUCAUUAGGUUUCAGAGUUAACCAACUGCCGUGAAGGGGGCUGUUCACCCCUCUUGGAGCAAUUGUUUCAGGCUGUCUGCAGACUCAGGCGUUCACACUUAAGUCACAUGAGGGCUGUCGCUCUUUGAUGAGCGCUGCAAUCCUGGCGCUCUGUGGUGGGCGGGAACUCUGCUCCCCAUCCCUAAAAUAGCAUGAAUGAGUAUUAUGGGACUGGCCCUUCCAGUCCCUGCUGAGCCCUGCCUGAGGGGGCCUGGGGAAGCCAUGUCUGCAGGCUGGGGUCAGGCCAGCUCUCUUGUUCUCAGCGUGGUGUCCUCUGCCUUAGUUAGCUAAAGGGCGUGGAUGGGACCAGCUAGGUCAGUUUGGUUACAGUCCUGUUGCCUGGAACAGGUCCCUGCCUGCAUUUGGGUCUGUGGUGUAGAUGGGCCCUUGUCUGGUCACUGCUGAGUUAACCCAGGCUCUUACCCCAGUGGAACCUCAACCCCCUCCUGUCCACACACAACCCUGUCCCCUGAGUUUGGUGGUGCUCUCAACCCCGGCUAGCUGGCCCGGGUGCCGCUUUCACUCAGCUGGGAACCUGCCCACUUUCAGUGAGGGUGCAGGCUAACUCGCUCAGUGCUGGUAGUCCUCCAGUGCCUUCCCACAGUUCCCUCGCAUGCCCGGGAGGACAGACAAGUUCUCCCACAAUUCACUGGGAAAGCCCCCUAGAGCAGCUCAGCUCACUGCAGCACAAAGCACCUGGGAAGAGCCCCUGAAGUCCUAGUGACACCCAGGCGAGUGCCGUGCCGGCACAGGCAUAGUAACAGGUCGGGCGCUGCUCGCCCUGGCUGGGCUGGUCUGGGCUCAGACCACCUGCGUUGCUCUGCAGUGUCGUCAUAUCCCACGAAGUCUCCAGGGUUAUCAUGUUCAGUUCCCUGCCAUCCUGUCCUGAGCCCACAGGAGUCGUGAGAGGCAGAGGGUGGGGAGACAGCACCCAUUUCAUUGCCCAGUAGGUGCCCGGAGCUCUGGGAAGGUGAGGCAGUGCAGUGGAGAGCUGUGCCCUGGCAGGGGGGCUCCAUUCUCUGUGCGUGGGCAGGGGUGGGAGCCCCACUCCAUCCUGGCCAAUCCUGCAGACACCACGCCAGAGAUGGCCACUGAGGGCACGUCUACACUGCAGUUCAAACCCGCGGCUGGACCAUGCCAGCUGAUUCGGGCUCACGGGGCCUGGGCUACAGGGCUGUGUAGUUGUGCCGCAGGCAUUUGAGGUGGAGGGUCCCAGAGCACUGAGCCUGAAAGCCCCUUAGCCUGAGCCCUGCAAGCACAAGUGAGCCGGCCCAGGCCAGCCACGGGUUGUUAACUGCAGUGCAGACAUGGGCUCACCUCUUAACACUUGCCAGUCAGCCAUAAAGCCCAGAGAUGUGGUCUGGCUCCAAACGUCCUCGCAGCUGGAGGCAGGAGGCCUGGCCCGGCUUGGACAAUUAAUUCAUUUUUACAAAGAAGUUAUGUAUUCCAGGCGGAAGUUGACUGUGACCAAACCUCUGAGUGUGCAGCAAAGAGUCGCUCAGUUCCCUCCCGGAGCCGCCUCCUGUUGGGCUGGCCUGUGAGAGAUGGCGCUGGAGUGUGACACUCUGCGCUGAGGGUUUUAGAUCCGACCACAGCACCUCUCCGGGCAUUUUGGUGGGCAGAGUAGGGACCAAACUGCUGGGCCAAGGGCAGUGCUGGCAACUUUCCUGCAGCUCCUUGCACCAGGCACUGCCAACACCGGUCACAGAGAGCAGGUUUCCUCUGCAAGGAGGGCUUGGUGUCUGUGGGAGGAGUACGGUGCGUGCUCUGCACUGCGGGUACCUGUGGCAGGAUCCAUCCUUCGCUGGGGAUGGACUAUCUGUGUGUGCUGCCAUUUGGAAAUGCCUGUCCGCAACCAUGGCACCUGGCAGCAGGCCAGCCCAACCCUGCUCAGCCAGCAGCACGAUGCUUUUCAGCCUGUGCUCCGCAGACCCCUGGGGAGCCGCUGACUGUCUAAGGGGUCCAUGAAAGGGUGCCGUUACCAUAGCCCAGUGCUUUUCAGCCAGUGGCCCACAAAUCCUUGGGGGCCCCCAGACUGUAAGAUUUCCCAAGGAGUCUCCACCUGCAUUUGAAAUUCUGUAGGGGUCCGUAAAUGAAAAGAGGUUGCAAAGCCCUGGAAUAUCAGGUCUGGCUUGGCUGAGAACAGCUGCUGAGUUACAAGGGGCUGUGCCCUUGUGGUCGCGAGGCUGGGCCUUGGCUUGGGAGCUUUGGGUAAACUCCUAGCUCUGGGCACAUCAUACCGCUGUCUGCCCCUUGCAGGGAGGUGCAGGGAGGAGCGGCUCCCUUUCCUACCUCCCGAGGAGGUGUGAGGCCAGAUUCCCCAGUCUCAGCAGGGUGCUGAGAUACUCCAGUGAUGGGGCUGUGGGAGCACCUAGCUACCCCCUCCCCUGUGCUCAGUGCGCUCCAGGAGCUGCACCCACGAAGGCCUGCUGAGCAGCAUUUUCAGUGCCUCUCCUACGUCUCCUGAGUAAGGUCAAAAAGAACAGGAGUAUUUGUGGCACCUUAGAGACUAACAGAUGUAUUUGAGAGUAAUAUAUUUGUUAGUCUCUUAAGGUGCCACAAGGACUCCUGUUCUUUUUGCAGAUACAGACUAAUACGGCUGCUACUCUGAAACCAGAGUAAGGUCAGUGGCUUAAAAGUUCCCCUUGUGUAGGAGCUGCCCUCAUGCCUGCAGCGCCAUUCCUGUUCUGCAGAGCUCAGGGGUCUCUGUGUCUUAACUCAGUGUCCUCCUGAAGUGGGAUUAGUCACUGAUCUCGAUCAUGUAAUUAGAGAGACUUAUUUUCUUACUAGCACUACAUAACAAAGCACGAUUUCCAAUUAGCAGUCGCCUCUCCCUUGGGGCUAAUGCUCUGUCCGCUAUGGAGCGACAGUGAGAACUGCUCUGGUUUAUGUAAGCGUCUCCAUGUCGCGGUGCUUCGGCCGCAGCCUGCAGUGCCUGGAAACGGCCAGGGAGACAUUUUAUACAAAUAAAAGUGGGGCAGAGA